CUGGCCGUCCUCCGCCGGGCAAGAUGCUGCUGCUGCUACUGCUGCUGCUGCCGCCGCUGCUGGCCUCGGCGGGGAAGUACUCGCGGGCGGCCAACGAGGAGGCGGCCGGGGGCGAGGGGCCCGCGGGGUCCGCCGCUCCGGCCCAGUUCCGCCUGGUGCGGCUCAACCAGGUCUGGGAGAAGGCGCAGCGGCAGCUUCAUCUCUCUGCUGUUAAAUUGGCAGAGCUACAUAGUGAUCUGAAAAUCCAAGAGAAGGAUGAGCUGAGCUGGAAAAAGCUGAAAGCCGAAGGGCUGGAUGAAGAUGGGGAAAAAGAAGCCAAGCUUAGGCGCAACCUGCAUGUAAUUAUGGCUAAAUAUGGAAUGAACGGAAAGAAAGAUGCACCGUUGGGGGCCACCAAUUACAUCAAAGACGGCCUGGAGAAUGAUAUGCUUGACGACCCCCGGCUGGAGAAGUUGUGGAACAAGGCCAGAUCCUCAGGGAAGUUCUCGGAUGAGGAACUGGAUAAACUGUGGAGGGAGUUCAUACACCACAGAGAGAAAGUCCAUGAAUACAAUAUCCUGCUGGAGACCGUGAGUCGAACGGAAGACAUCCAGAAAAAUAUGAUCAGCUCGUUGGAGGAAGAGAGCCCGCGCAAGGAGGAGCUUCUGCACCGCAAGCACUCGGAGCUCAAGGAGCGGCUCCACAGCAUCAGCCAAGGCUUUGAGCGCCUGCGCAAAGUCAGCCACCAGGGCUAUGACGCCACCAGCGAAUUCGACGAGCCCCGAGUGAUUGACUUGUGGGACAUGGCCAAAUCAACCAACUUCACGGAGAAAGAGCUCGAGUCGCUGCGGGAGGAGCUGAAGCACUUCGAAGCGAAGGUGGAGAAGCACCACCACUACCAGAAGCAAUUGGAGAUCUCUCACCAGAAGCUGAAGCACGUGGAGGGGACGGGAGACGAGGAGCACAUCAGCAAGAACAAGGAGAAAUACUCCAUGCUGGAAGAGAAGACGAAAGAGCUGGGCUACAAGGUCAAGAAGCACCUGCAAGACUUAUCUAGCAGAAUUUCUAGAGGCCUUCAACACAAUGAACUCUGAAACUGUCUUGUUGAAGUGGGAUCUUUGUACGAUGCCUGCACUGACUACGUCCUGAGAUUUAUACAAUGAUGUGAAAUUCUGAUGCAAAUUGUCUAAGAAGAUGUCUUUUCCUGCUGUGUUUUUAGUUGCUCUCCUGGUCUCUGUAGUCGCUCUUUCAUAUCGGCAUCUCUGUAAAUCCUAUGAUAAAACCCUUGACAGACGAAACAGCAGCCUCUGAAACGACGGAGCAUCCAGGAAGACAAGACCAUGGAGGAGAACUCGCUGAGCUGCUGGAAAGUGCUGUUGGGAGGGAGGGGGUUUUGUUCCACGGUGUUCAUUCCUCGUUUUGAAUAAAGAAUGAAAAUG